AUACAAACAACCCCAAGCGACGUUAGUAAGCGGGGACUUAAUUUUCAUCGUCUAUUAUAUCAAAUGUUGGAUGCUAAUGUGCUGCUUACGUUCUCUGUUACCCUACGGAUCUAAAUAACCUUGUAAAGGACGUCCUGUUAUAAGGGAUGGAAGAGCCGCCUGUGGUGAUCCUCCAGCAACAGACGACUGUCAGGUGGUGACGAUGCAAAAAGCAAUGCUGUUCUGCCUCGUACAAUGAAGAAGAUAUUCAGCUUUACCAAGAAAAAGAAACACCCGUCCGGUACCCCUGACAGUGGGAGUGUGCUUUCCGUGGGUUAUGAACUAAAAGACAAGGACCUCGGGAAAGUUCACAAGGCAGCCUCAGUGGGAGAUUUGGCAAAGUUGAAGCAGCUCGCUAAAAAGAAUGACAUCAAUCAGCUUGAUAAGGAAAACAGGACCGCACUUCAUAUUGCCUGCGCCAGUGGACAUGUUGAGGUGGUGCAAUACCUUGUUGAAAGCAAAGCCAAGCUUAACCUUUGUGACAAUCAAAACAGAUCCGCCUUGAUGAAGGCAGUGCAAGGCCAGCAUGAACGCUGUAUGAGCAUACUGCUGGAGAAUCAUGCUGAGCCUAAUCUGGUGGAUAUCAAUGGCAAUACAGCCCUACAUCUGGCAGCAAACAUUCCAUCAAUUUCCACUGCUGUCCUGCUGCUGGAGCAUGAGGCUGCAAUCAACGCACAAAAUAAGGAGGGGUUUGCACCAUUGUCUGUGGCAGUCCGUGAGGAUCACAUUGAGAUGGCUGAGUUUCUCUUGAAGGAGGGUGCUGAUGUGAAUUUGAUUGGCCAAGACCAAAGGACGCCAUUAAUGAUAGCUGCUGGUAAUGGACAGAUUGGUAUGUUGCGGCUGCUGUUGCGGUAUGAUGCAGAUAUCACUCUGAAGGAUGCCAAAGGAUGGUCAGCUGAUGACUAUGCAGUGAUGAAUGGCCAUCAUCCAUGUUCCCUCCUGAUCAUUGAGCACAGCACCCAAAGGAAUGAUGGACCCUCCAUAUCAGCUCAAGGUCCAAGCAAAAAGAAGAAAAAAACCCUGCUAGGCAGUCCCUCCCAGGACAUUGAAGCAGGCUUCUCUUUGGGAGGACCGGCAACUGACAAAGAUGAUUUUGAAGACAAUUCUCAGUCAGAGUCACUAAGUCGAGUUUCAAAAAGUGCUGCAGAUGAAUGGCCUUCAACAGAUGAUGAUGAUGAGUCUGUUUUAGUCGAAAAGAAACCACAGAAGGUAAACUUAAGAAGAUUGAUUGCAUCGGAAAGAGAAGGAGCAUCUGCGCUGCCUGACAGAUCCUUGAGUGGUACAGAGUCAGAGCCAGAGAGUGAAAAUAGGGUCCAGAGAAUCCCAUCCCUCCCUCAGGCUUUACCAUCAAGCAAAGCUCCACAGCACCCAGUAGAUCCCUCUCCUGUUUCCUUCCUUUCCAAAACACCCCAGAUGACUUCUACCCCUCUUCCAAGCUAUAGAAAGAAAGAAGAGUCUACUGAGGAUGAGGAUGAGAGAGAACAUGAGAUGGGGGAUGAUGAUGAGGAGGAGGAAGGAGACAUAUCAGAUGAAAAUCAACUUGAAGAAAGUGGAGAGUCCCUUGAAGCCACCGUGCCUGUGCCUGAGACAGAAAGUUCUACAAAUAAAAAGAGAGAUUUCCUUUCUGAGCUCGGUCUAGAGAAGGAGGAAGAAGAGCCGGAUUCCUGGGACUCUGAGUCCCGUUCUGAAAGCCCCGAAAAGCCACAUGAAGGGAAACAAAAACUGCUUUCUCAGGAUCAAGAAAUAAUGUCUCCUGUUAAGGACGGAAGUAAUGAAAACUUUUUUUAUGUUCCCUCUUUUGUAAGAGGGAGAAGAGACAAAAUGAUGGCAGAUCUAGAACCUUGGAGGAGUAUAGGCAGGCAAAAAGGCAGCCAGGGAGAGGUUGCAAAUUACAAAGAUGAUGAUAAUAGAGGGGAAGAGGAGGGGGUUGAUCAGGAUUGUACCCCACAGAAAGAGACUGAGAAACCCAAAUGGGAACCACUUAAUGUUCUGAGCAAAAUUCAAGGAGAAAAAGAGCAAACAGAUCUCAUGGAGGAGCUUGGUCUAGGAGAUGUUGAUGAUCUUGAAGAUGCAUCAGACUGGGAUUCAGCCAGUACCACCAGUAAGAGAACACUUCCUGGUCGCAGAAUGCCCUCCCCUGGCAUUGAGGAGUUCCCAGAGUGCUCCAAUCCACCAGUUAAAGAGGAGGACGAAGAUGUGGCUCCAGAAGCACCACUGACGCCACAGAGAAGCAUCAACUCCAAAGAAAUACCACAACCAGGGCCCCAUCCCCAGCCUCGGGCUAGGAAAAUGGUGCUUCAAAAACCAGAGAGUGAAGAAGAAUCAGAUUGGGAGCCCGACAACAUGGCAUCUUCCAGCAAAAUUAAUAAAGUUGACAGUCAGAGCAUUUCUGAGCUUCAGGUCACUGUAACACCAGGUUCCCCUGAGUUCUUGCCAAUGGUCAGUGACAGAAAAAAUUAUGGAGACUCUGACCAUCAGCAACAAAAGGAGAAAGAAAGAUCCUUAGAUACUCCUCAGCUAGAUCUAGACAGCCCAAGCACACCAGGCUAUACAGGCUGUGACAGUGAAGAAAAGGAUUAUGACUGUAAAAAUCGACACAGUCCUGAAGAAAGUGAAAAAGCCAGUGAAGAAAUCCCAUGGGAGAAACGUUAUGAGAAGCUCUGGGUAGAGGUGGAGAAAAGGGAGGUAAAAUCCACUUUCAAGAAUGUAGCUUGUGAAUUAAAAGAGAAGUUUGGGGAACUGCUCAAAUCAAGAGUUCCAGCAGAAGAAAUCAUAGAAGAUGAGCAGGGAACAGCUGACUCUUCUUCAAGUGAUGAAGAAGAAGAGGAAACGUUUGUACGUCCAACAGCCAGAGCAAGGAGUACAGUCCUCCUCACCAUCCCAGAGCAGAGGGAGUCUGGACUGGAGGACUCGGUGACUGAAUCCCCUGACAGGUCAGCAUGUGAUGACAGGAUGAAGGUCUGUGAGCGUCCUGCUAGUGAGAGCAGCAUGUAUCAUGAGCAAGAUCUUCUCACUGAUGAUGCUCCUGAGAAGAGCAGGUCUCCUUCACCAAGAAUAACCACAGCCCCAAGAAACAGCUUUGAUAAUGCUCCUGAAGUUUUAUCUGAUGGACACAACACACCCACAUCUCAUGUUGACCAUCACAAAUACUUAAAAGAAGAGGCCAAACUGGUGCGGAUCCAAAACACAGAUCUUCACCAUGUCAGUAAAGACACCAGCGCUCGUUGUGAAGAAGAGCACAAGAACAAUACAAGUCCAGGAGAGGAUCCAGAGGAAUUCCCUGAAUCCCAUAACCCAUCUCUGUGCAAGCUUUCAGCAUCAUUCCCAGGAGUUUCUGAUGAAGAACUCGAGGAGGACAUGGAAAGGUUUAAACAUGAGGUAGGGAUGCUGAAAGUUGUCUUCCUGGAUUUGGAGAAAGAAAAGGCCCAACUCCAGAAAGAGGCAGUCCAAGAGACAACAAAGACUACAAUGGACGUGCAAAAAUCCAAAACUUGCCUGCAUACUGGUGAAGUGGCUUUGGAAGAAGUAGUGAGUACUGAGAAACCCGAGAGCAGGUUGGGAUCCCUGUCAAGUCAAGCUGGAGCAAUUCCCCAGCAGCAGCAGUCUGGAGCUAACCAGAGCACCAGCGAGGCACCAGUGCAAUUGCAUCUUCAACUCCAGCAGACCCACAGUAGCAACAAACAAGAGGAGACCCAACAGCUGGAGCUGGUCCGAGGGGCCCAGCGCAGCAGAGCCCCUCAGACCAAUGCCCGUAUUAAUGGAGAUCCUCUUUCAGUGUUUGAUGAUAGCACUUUAAGUGAUGUGUCCGACGAUGAAGGAAGGUUGGCAACCAGUGGGCAACAGAAAAAUGAGAACCCAGAGGAAGUGGAAAUGGCUGAAGACUUUGAUGAACUUACUCAGUCAUCAGACACAGCAACAGAAGAUGUGGACUCUCCUACUUCAGGCUAUCGUCACGCAUCACUCCUAAUUCAGAAGCUCGACUCAGCCAGUUUUGAUUCAAGAAGCAUGGUAAAGCUGCAGAACAUUUUCCAUGAAUAUGAGCGCUCUAUCCAAAAAGCCAAGAGUCGGCAUGGUUACCUGACCGACAAAGUGAGCCAGCUGGAAAUGGAGAAGGUGGAGUUAAAGAGCUCUCUUGAGGAAAUUAAAGAUAUGAAGUCUGCUCUGGAGCGCAACCAGUUGGAACUGCAGACUGAAGUCACAAACGUCAAAUUUCAGUUGAAACAGGAGCAGGAAAAUCGCCGCAAUGCCACCAUGAUGUACAACACUACCAAAGAUAAGCUGAGGAGGACGGAGGAGCAGCAUCAGAUAGAGGUUCAAGAGAGGCAGAAGGUGGAACUCACCCUCAGGAAUCUGGAGCUGGAGAUGAGAACACUAGUCAACAACAUGAAACAGCUUGAAGAGGACCACAAUGAGACCCAGAGACUGCUGGCCCAGGAGCGCAGCGCUCGGACAUUGCAGGAGAAUCUGCUCAACAGUCAUCUCCGUAAGCAGCAGGAGAUCGAGGAUGAGAACAAAAGAAACAUAAGCAAAAGCAACGAGGCCCUCUCUCAGCUCACUGAGGCCAGUGACAGGGAGAGGGAGCUGGUGCAGCAAACUGCUACCUUACAGGAGCAGCUGACGAUCCUGAGAACAGAGCUUGAGCACUCACAGGCCAACAGCAGUCUCAAAGAGAGCCACCUUUUAGAAGAGAACGAGACCCUAAAGGAACAGCUGGAAGAUGCUCGAAGGGAUCUCAAACUGAACGGGGAAGCCCUGACACAAACUGUCUUCAACUGCAAUAACCAAGUGACCGCCCUGAAGUCUGAGUUAGCCAUGACAGUGACCCGCUUUGAAAAUGAGCGACAGAGUCGAGAAACAUUAGAGACAGAGGUUGAGUCUACUCGUAGCCGUCUGGCUGGAGCUGUAAAGGAGGCAGAGCUUUGUCUAGCAUCUCACACAGACACAGAGAGAGCUCUGCUCCGGGAGAAAGAGGAACACCAGCGUCUUAAAGACAAACUCUCAGGUGAUGCUACGACUCAUCGUGAAGCAGUUAGCAGCCUUUCCCAGAAGCUGGCCAAGGCAGAGGCUCGUGCAAACAGCAUGGAGAAUGAAGUGCACCGGGUCACCCUGCAGCUGACAGAGAAAGGCCUCCUGCUGGACGUCUUACAGCGAGAGAAGGACCAGGCAGCCGCACAGAUCAAAGAGCUGGAAAAGACUCUACGGGCCGAGAAAGAGCUGGUCAGCCGUGCUGGAGCACGCCAGGAGGCCACACAGGAGCGGCUAGUCCAAGCCCAAAGUGAGGGAAUGUUAUUACGGCAGCAGCUUGAGGAGGCCCAAAACAAAGGAAAUGCAAAGGACCGUGCUGUUACAGAUGCUCAAGAGCGCUUUAGUGAUAUUCUGUCCAAGCUGCGUUCUGACUGUGAAGAGAGAGUACAGCUAGUGGAGGAGAGAAACAAGGAGCUGUCCAGUAAGGCUGCCGAUCUCCGAGAUCAGAUCUACAAGUUAGAAGAAGAGAAGAGCGAAAGAGAGACAAAUCUGAGGCAGCUGCAGCAAGAGCUGGCUGACUCACUUAAGAAGCUGUCAAUGAGUGAGGCUUCUCUGGAGGUCAACACACGCUACCGCAGUGACCUGGAGGAGGAGAAGACUCGGCUCCUCAAAGACAUGGACCGGCUCAAAGGAAAGCUGGAAGAAAGUGAAGACCAGUAUGUCCAGGCUGAGAGACGCAUUAACAGUCUGAAGAGCAGUCUGGAUGAAAGGGAAAAGGAACUCUGCACCGCCGCUCAGAAACUGCAGGAGGUGCUGUCUACCUCAGCAGCUUCUGAUUCCACAAUCAAACAGCUGGAGGAGGCUGUGCAAAGGCUGGAGAUUGAGAAUGCCAGGCUAGAGGCUGCUGCAAAGCAACAGUCCAACAAGAUUGAUGCACUUCAGAAAGGAGCUCAGGAAGCCGUCAGGCUAUCUGACUGCUCACCGGAAGGAGGGGUCAGAACUCAUUUGGAGGAUUUGGUUACAAACCUCCAAAGCAGUAAGAUGACUUUGGAGGACCAACUCAGUAGGGAGGUCCAGAAGCAGAGCAUGUUGUCUCACACAGCCCAGGACUCACAGGCCUUAUGGGAGGAGGAGCUGAAGAGCCGCUCUAAGUUGGGACUGCGUUUGGCAGAGCUGGAAAAAGAGAAAGGAGAACUGAGCACCCAGAUGGAAAUAGAAAAGAAGAAAGCCAAGAAAAUAGCAGAACAGAAGAAGGCUAUAGACGACCGUCUGGAUCAGGAGAUGAAGAGAAACUCAGAUCUUCAAAAAGAAAUGUACAGGUUGCGUACUUUAUUGAAGACUGCAAAGAAGAAACUGCGGGAUCAGGACACAGGUGGAGCAGAAUUUGGCUCUCCCAUGAGCAGUCUACGACUGGACCAAGGCAGAUACAGCCAAGCUGAGGGGCGAAUGAAAGAGAAGGUGGAGGAUCUGCAGGUGCAGCUAGAGAAAGAAGUGUCUCGACGCAGCCAACUGGAGAGGAUGAACGGGGAGCUUAAGGAUCAGCUGGCCUCCAUGAGAAGCUUGAGCCACAGUAACGACCAGCAGGAGAGGAGUAAGAGGCAGUUGGAGGAGGAGGUACUGGAACUAAGGCGCCGAAUGGAAGCCGCUCAGAUGGAGCAGAGCCAGAUGGACCAGUACCGCCGAGACAUAGAGGAGAGGGCCCGUCAGGAGGUUACACAGAAACUGGAACAGGUCAACCUCUUCCUGCAGUCUCAGGCAGCAUCACAAGAGGCAUUGGAUCAAAUAAAAGCAGCCAAUGAGGCAAACCUGCGCACCCAGCUGGAGCAGAAGGUCCGGGAGCUGGAAGGGGAGCUGGGCAGGGCCCGCACCACCCACCACGACAGCCUCAAUCAAAGAGAUUCAACACGAACAGAGCUCGAGCGAUACCGCCAGCUAUACGCGGAGGAGCUGCGACUCCGCAAGUCACUGUCUGCCAAACUGGAGAGGGCCAACAGUCGUCUAGCAGAAGCCAAUUCGAAGCUGCUCAACGAGCGCAGCAGGUCUCUGAUCACCAGCAGCAUUGCAAACGGUAGCCUUGCAGGGCCUUCGCUGGACGUAGGUUCUUUGGGUUCACCUGCACACUAUGGGACCUCACUGGGGCCCCUCAACAGGAGCCUCGGCCUGGGACUGUCCCUACUCAGCCCUGUGACUGAUGGACAGAAUAGUAGGGUGGAGGACUACCUAGCCAAGAUGCAGAGUGAGUUGGAUAGAAGCAUAUCGAAAGAAUUAAACAAUGCUACUGCAGAGCUGUACGUGACUUCAGCCCGCAUGUCAACAGCAGGCUCUGUCUCCAGGGCGGAGCUGGACCCCGUCAGCACGGCCACGCAGCAGUACUUGGAGGUACUCAAGAAGAACAAUAUGAUCUGAAUGCACAUCUGUAUUUCAGCCAUAAGACGAUAACAUUCAGAAGAAAUACGUUAAAUGCCACCCCAAGUCAAAGAAAGAAAGAGACUUUGUGCGUAUUUUCUCUGUUCUUUUAUAGAACAGCAAACACAAUGCACGUUGCACUUAACCACUCAGGAGCAAAGGGCAUGAGUCAUAUGUAUGUUCGUUAUCGAAGGGUACUGUUGGAGAGAACCUUGAAAGUAUUUGUUCCUUCUGACUUCUCUUGUUCAUUAAGUUGCUGUUUGUUUUCUAUUAGAACAAUAUAUGUACACAGAAAUGUGGUUUGGAUUUUAAUUUGUGCAUAUUGGUGUUGCUCAUUUGAAUUUCUAAGUAUUUAACGUCUGCAUCAUUAUUAAUGUUGCCAAGAUAUUACAUUUGGUACGUGCCAUCAAAUGGUGCAAUAUCUGUCUUGGUUUUAUCCUCAUUAGUUAUGAAUUAUUGUGUUUAUGAUUAUUUUAUUUAUUCAUUUUUUAUUGAACAUGAUAUACUUGAAUAAGACGAGCUGGAAUUCUCUCUGGCUAAUGAAACAGGGUGACUACAUUUGUACAACUUUCAUUUCAGCUUUGGUUGAUUUGUAGGGCCACCUUGAGUAAAAUAACCACUUAUUUUGUUUAUUUUGCUUUUUUAUUACUAUUAUUCACAGAUAAUAUUAUAGAUUUCAUAUAGGAAACACACAUGACGCCUGUAUAUAACAGAAGACUCUAAAGUUGUAAAUAAAACAGAAAAAAACUCUUAACUU